AUGACCACCGAUCCAGUAGCGCUGCUGCCGACGGAUGUCGAGUCCCGCGAGCGAAUCCCCGGCAGUCCAUUAGUCCCUGGCGGUGUAUCGUGGUCCGAAGAUGGACGUCUCGCUGUCGUGUCCGACUCAAGCGUUCUUGUCGCCACGUUCCGCAGUCGUGAACUCGAGAUGUUCCAGCCUGGGGGCCCGGCUGUAUCCAAAGACUUUGUGUUCCUACCAGAACACCCAGUUAACGAGCACGUUCCAGUUGCAAUCCCGCCAGUCAUCGAGUCUCUUGACUCUGGACUUCCGCGAGCCAGCACCACGUACUUUUUACUCAACGAGGGCGAUCGUCACCAGCACAACCCCAAGGAGCUGUCACUGUCCAAGAACACGGGCGCAGCGUUCAUCGCUGCUGUGUGGGGACCGCGGGGCUCCGGUCCAAGUAGUUCUUGCGCCUUAUUAGCGAUCACAGCGUCCUCCAGACUGAGUCUACACUUCCCACCGAGUUUCCACAUGAACUGGAAUGAGGUCGCUGUGUUUUCCGAGGAUCUCUUCAAGUUCUUCGAGAGCAAGAGCUUCCGGUUGGGACCCUCACAUGAUGAACGACUUAAUACACCGCCUCCAAGUACAGCAAUGGCUGCACCGCGCGGAGAUAAAUCCGGCAAGAAGAACAAGAAGAGGAAGAUGGACCCAGCAGACGGAUAUCUCGCGAUGAACUCAGUGGCAGAAUACACGCACCGAUGCGCCAUGAUGUCGACCUUAACGGUGGCUUGGUCGCCAUUCAUGGUGACGGCGGAUAAACAGAGUACGACGUCGCUUAUUGCGUUCUCUGGACGCAAAGUUAGCACCAUUUGGGCGUACGCGUACCCUUCCUUUGUAGCAGGACAGCACGUCGAGCCUUUUCUUUCGUCUGCACCCGCUGCGUGGAUUGAUACGGAGAAGUAUGGGUGGGUGUCCACGAGCACGUGGCAGCAGAUGCAUCGACAUGGGACGGCGUACGCAACACGGGGAGACCUUGGCUUGGCGCUAGGUACGUCGGAGGGCAAUGUACUGAUUGCGACGGUCCCUGUGAGAGUAAGUGCAACUGAUGAUUCGCCUCAAGAGUUAGCUGUGGAUCGCGUUAUUGUGUCGCCACAUUCUCAACCAGUUUUCGGACUGUGUAUGGGAAGUCGGUGGACGUUUUCCAACAGCCCAACAAAUGGUCUGAUCGUUGCGUCUGGCUCGACGAUCUCAGUGUGGAACCUCAAGAAGAAGAAACAAGCGCAGCCCAAUGCCAAGUGGAAGGCACACGAUGGUAACGUGACUGGACUGGACACGAACUACUUCGGAGACACGAUCAUCUCAGCUGCUGUGGAUGGAACGAUCAAAGUCUGGGAGAAGACAACGGGUAAUAAAUACCCUGUGUUUGGGCUGGCGAUGUCGCCCAGCUCUGCCCAGUUGGCGUGCGUGUUCAUUAUCCCUCCUGCGUCCCGACCCAAUCGAAAGUCACAGGCCGACGUCUCUUACAGUCGAGUAUCAAGCUCUCUUGAGUACAUUCCGUCGCCGUGGGUGAAAACCCCAGACCAGCUUGUGGACGUCGUGUGCAGGAUUCUAGACGAGAGUCAGUCGGUGAGUAGCUUCAUGGAUGUGGUGUGGUUCUGCUAUAACGACAAUGCAGCGGUCAUGUCACUCAACGGAUCCACAGACUUGGCAAUUCCUGCCUUGUUGAACAAGAUAAACGGCGAGCCAAGCGACAGUGAAGUACUCGCACGUCAGCCGAUAUAUCUACAUCUCUGUGAAGAGCUGGAGAAGCGCUACUACGAGUCCACACAGGCUUCGAGCUCCACAGCAAACGGCGGCAGGCCUCCCAUUCCACUGUAUCUACAGGCGUCGCUGUUGCUGCGCAGUGCAAUAACACCGGCAGAGCACCAAAUAGCCGCUCAAAAUGCAGCGCUGGCAAAGAUUCGACGCACCUUGAGUGUAUACUGGGCGGAGCGCUGCUUAACGGCGCUUGUGGCGGCAUCUAAGAAGGCAGAAAAGUCACUUCGAGACUAUCUUGAAAGCUCCACGUCUGAGAAGACCAGCGCACUGGUGAUGGCCGAUUUCCUCAGUGUUCAAGACCCCUUAGCCCAACGUAGUGAAGCACUUGUUACGCACAUCUACGACCAACUAGAUUCGCCGGUUCACGUUGCCACAUGGAUCGCACACGUGAAGACAAAGGCGAACGCAAGUACUGAGGACCAGCCAGCUGAAGAGCCUGCUGUGGCCGGUGCAGUGUAUACGCCGCCAUCACGAGAAACGUGCUUCAUUUGCGAGAAGAGUGUUCCAUUCGGAGAACUUGAGAUUGUCUGCGGGUCUGGCCAUACUCUGGAGAGAUGCUUCCUCUCAUUCUGCUGCAUUUCGGCCAUGGACGUGUGGAAGUGUAUGGGCUGUGGGGUGUCAGCGUCUGAAAUCGACUUGUCCAGUGGCACAUCCCCAUUUUAUUUAUUGGACUUGGAGGAACGUGACGACAAGGAAAUCGCUACUCCCGCUGCUUCGAGGAUGAAGAUCAUUUGUCGUCUGUGUGGCAGCUACUGUAGCUUCUCGAAAUAUUGA